UCUCGCAGUACUCUCAUAAUGUAAUGAGUAUCCUAUUACAGUAUACUUCACCACUGCUAAUAAUAAUAAUAAUAAUAAUAAUAAUAAUAAUAAACCAUAUGAAAGUAGCCUAUUUUAAUGGUUACAACAGUCUGAACAUGAAACCUGCAGAGAGGAGCUCGUGACGUGUAUAUCUGAUAUGAUAUGAUUAUAACUCUUGUAUAAGGGUGUGUGUGACGUGUGUGUGGACCCCCCCAGGUGAGACCCCUGAUCCGCGCAGCUCUCGCGACGCACCUUUUACCUUGGACGGCUGUGACGCAACAAGUUUUCGUCACUUGGGGAUUUAUGUUGGAUGAGUCCACUCACACUGACGGUAGUGAACGGGAAAACCCCAGGGGAGCGCAUAAAACUCCUGCAACAAAUGGAAGCUGGUAGAUUAUUGACCGAGUGUAGCGGCGGACAGACACUGAGCGCGACACGGAGACAGCCGCCCUGACAGACAUGAACUCUGCGAUCGCGUUGGUCCUGCUUCUCUGCUUCCUGUCGCCACACCUCGUUCUCUCGGCGCCCGUCGGCUCCCUGGCCGAGCCGCCGCCGGCGUUCACAGAGGCGGCGGAGCACGCCAAGACGCUGGUGGAGAAAAUCCUGAAAGACAUCCCGGCCGCGCACAGCGCCGCCAUCACCACCGAGGGUUUGACCCUCGACCCCUCGGCUCAGACCACCAACCUGCAGAUGAUGAUGACAUCACUGGGCAUCCCCCCCGCCCCCGUCCUCAAACCGCCGUCUGAAAGCUUCACUCUGGACGUCUGGGUGAGCUGCAUGUCAGCGGGCGGCCGGCUGUACCAGGGGCUGCUGGGAGUUUUAUCAGACAGACUGAGCGGACUGAGCAACCUGCACGCCGACCUCCGAGACCUGCUGACACACAUCGCCAAGAUGAAGGAGGCUGCUCAGCUCGGUGAUGGCGACGCAGCAGAUCAGAACCAGAGUCUGGACCUGGCCUCCCGUCUCCAUGGUAACUACGAGGUGCAGGUGGCAGCGCACCUGACGCUGACGCAGCUACGCUCCUUCUGCCACGACCUGAUGCGCAGCCUGAGAGCUUCCGCCGCCUACAGGCUGCCUAGCUCCACAGGGACACACUAAGCCCCGCCCACUCUGCCGCAGGGACAGGCAAAGUCCCGCCCACUCUGCCGCAGGGACAGGCAAAGUCCCACCCACUCUGCUGCAGGACAGGCAAAGCCCCGCCCACUUUGCUGCAGGCACAGGCAAAGCCCUACCCACUCCGCUGCAGGGACACAAUAAGCUGUCUGAGGUGUCUGAAGGAAUAUUGUUCAAAAUAUUUGACUUUUUUUCUCAAAAUAUUCCUAUUUUUUUACUCGGAGCUGAGUUAAAGUCAAUAAAAAAAACGGCUGAGGCGUCUGAAGAAGUCGGACUCACCCGGAAAUGGCGAGCGGGAUGAGGUGACUAGAGUCUCUCAAAAUCUGAUGAAAAUCUUUUAAACUGACCUUUGUUGAUCUGAAAUGAA